AACGCUUGGGAGUCGACUCUAAAAUCUCAAUGCUUGUGUUUGAAGAAUCGGUUCUUUUAUUUUUAACAUCGACUCCGUCCUUGGAUGAAACAUGCAGCAGCUACUCAACACCCAGUAACCGUUUCCCCUUCUGCUGACUGUAACAGAACCACGCUUUAACCAGGUGACCUGCGAAGACUGAAGGCUUGAACGCUGCGUCAGCCUCCUCAAUUCAGAAGAAGAACGAGACUGAAGAAGUAACCAUGGCGGCUUCCGAGGGAAACAAGUUGUGGGGCGGUAGAUUUGUAGGAAGCACUGAUCCCAUCAUGGAGAAGUUCAACGCAUCAAUCUCAUACGAUCAACGCAUGUGGGAUGCAGACAUCAGAGGCAGUAAAGCCUACGUAAAGGCGUUGCACAAAGCCAAGCUGGUCACUCAGGAGGAAUUGGUUCAUAUUCAGGGCGGCCUUGAUCAGGUUUUGGGUGAAUGGUCCAGUGGUACAUUCCAGAUCAAGCCAGGAGAUGAGGAUAUUCACACAGCCAAUGAGCGUAGACUAAAGGAACUGAUCGGAGAGGCAGCUGGAAAGCUUCAUACUGGCAGGAGCAGGAAUGAUCAAGUUGUGACAGAUAUGAGGCUGUGGUUGCGGGAUGCUAUCACCACUCUGAAGGGAAACACCAUCCAACUUAUAACUACCAUGGUGGAAAGGGCAGCCAUAGAAAUCAACAUCCUUUUUCCUGGAUACACUCACAUGCAGAGAGCGCAACCAAUCAGAUGGAGCCACUGGAUUCUCAGUCACGCAGUGGCACUGAGCAGAGACGUGGAGCAGCUGGAGGAAAUCAGGAAGCGGGUCAACGUUUUGCCUUUGGGAAGUGGAGCCAUUGCUGGGAACCCCUUCAAUAUUGAUAGGGAACUUCUUCGGAAAGAACUCAACUUUGACGGGAUCAGCAUCAACAGUAUGGAUGCAACCGGACAGAGAGAUUUCGUCGCUGAGUUCCUCUUCUGGGGAUCGAUGUGUCUCAUGCACCUCAGUAAGAUGGCAGAGGAUCUGAUCCUGUACAGCACCAAAGAAUUCUCCUUUAUCAAGUUAUCCGAUGCAUACAGCACAGGAAGCAGUCUGAUGCCGCAGAAGAAGAAUGCUGACAGUCUGGAGCUCAUCCGCAGCAAAGCAGGACGAGUGUUCGGCAGAUGUGCAGGUUUUAUGAUGGUACUCAAAGGCCUCCCCAGCACAUACAACAAAGAUCUACAGGAGGAUAAAGAGGCCAUGUUUGACACCUAUGAUUCAUUGCAUGCUGUACUGCAGGUGGCUACAGGUGUCAUGUCUACACUGGAGGUCAAUCAGAAAGCUAUGGAGGCAGCACUCAGUCCGGACAUGCUGGCCACUGAUCUGGCCUAUUACCUUGUCAGGAAAGGAAUGCCUUUUAGGGAAGCUCAUAGCUGCUCCGGAAAAGCUGUCUAUCAAGCUGAGUCUAAAGGUGUCCCACUAAACAAGCUUACUGUGGAAGACCUCCAUACUGCCAGUCCUCUGUUUGACAGUGACGUGUCCUCAGUGUGGGACUACACAAGCAGUGUGGAGCAGUACAGCGCCCUGGGUGGCACAGCACGGAGUAGUGUUACGGCACAGAUAGAACACAUGAGAGCCUGGCUGAAGGUGCACAGUGUAUAACUGUAAUGUAAACCCUCACAAAGUUGGAACCACAAACAUUAGCACAUUUUCUAAACCAUGUUGUUUUCAAGCUUUAUCACAUCCAACAGAUUCAUUGUCAAAAUACUUUCUGUUUAAAAUUUACUGUAGGCAAACAUACAGUACAACAUACCUGGGGCAGUGACUGCUAUUAUUAUUAUUAUUAUUAUUAUCAGCAAUAAUAGAUGAACAAAGAAAUAAACAAACUCUAAAAUGUAGUAUUUUGAGUAUUUUUGAGUUUGAAUGUUGAGGACUUUUAGUUUUGUUUUUUAAAUCAACAUUAACAUAUAUCAUGUAUCACAUAAUUGGCAUUAAAAAUAAUCAACAUAGAUUUUUUUCCAAGAGCCUCAUCAAACUGAAAGACAUACUCUACCGAAGAUAUAAUGUCACUGCACACGACAUGUAUAUGACUUAAAAUUCCAGCAGCCCAAUAUAAAACUCCUUCCCACAUCCCUACUGUUGUUAACACAUGACUUUGCAUCUCCUUUAUUUAUACAUUCAUCUUAAAUCAGAACAUUUUGUUUAUUUCUAGCUAUAAUUCUGGUGGUUUGGGGGAAUUUUGGGCUUUCUUUAAUGUGGAAUUUUGGUACAAGUUUUUAAUCAUAGUGGGGUACAAAAAUAUUCUGUUGUCUUGCACAGCAUUGUUUUGCAUAUUGCCAACAAAUGAAUAAACAGGUUCUUUUUAAAAAUGUG